GAUCGUAUCCUCGCGUAUCCUAGCCGUAUCCGAAAUUCAAAAAUUAAAAAAAAAAAUUGGAUACUUCAUUUUCCGUAUCUGAUACGUAUCCUGCCGUAUCGGGCGCAUAUCCAUAUCCGAUACGUAUCCAAUACGCGUACGGGGGCUAUUUCGGAGUAUCCGUGCUUCAUAGGUUCUUGCAGGCAAUAAGUUGAAGAGGAUUUUGACCUCGGCUGACGACGCAGUCCUUGCGGAAAUUAAAACUGCACUAAAGUACUUUGGCCGUCCAAACGUACAGAGGCAAGGGAGGGCUGCCCAUAUUCUCCUGUGGUACAAGCCUACCUACACUACGUUCUCGGCCGCGGACGACAUCCCGAUCCCAACCGGCGAGCAACGCCUUACGGCUCUUGUCUUCCCCAGUUUCAAGAUCCUUAGGCAAAUUGGUCUCGAAGCUUCUGAUUCGGAGCAAGGCUUAGAGCCGGUUGUCGAGGUAGAUGCUGAAUUAACAAGGGCGUUCGCUGCCGAGGCCGAAGAGGUUGACGAAGCUCUGAAAUUAGCAUUUGAGGCAGCCGGUCUUAACCAGCCUAACUCACCGUCCACUUCGGGUCGGACGGAGUUUUCCUUCGGAGAUAUUUUUACAAACUUGGGAGACCUUCCCUGUACUUUUUUAGAGGGCAUGGCUGGGGAGAAUCUCACGCAGAUGGCGAGAAAGAAAAAUGUCGAGCGAAUGGCCGCUCGAAAGAAGGCCGAGGCCGCUCGUUCUGAGCCUGCCCCGGUUGAAUCUUUACAACCGGUUACUGGAGAAGAAAAGGCGUGAGUUGUUGUGGCCGAGACGGAGGGGGCUGAACAGCAGGUUAUGGAAGAACGGCUGGUUUCAGAAGAGCGGGGCGAGGCGGAGGGGGCUGAACAGCGAGGCAAAAAAUGUUCCGCCGAGGGAGGGGCCGGCUCGAAGGAUAGCCCUGUUGACAAACGGCCUCGCUUAGAGGAGUCCGACGUGGUUGUCCCCUUCGUUGUUCAACCAAAGAUCAAAGACACGCCAAUCUCCUCUGACGCAUUUGCCAUGAAGAAUCCAACCGUGGCGUUGAGCUUGGCCGCCUCGGUUUCGCUACCGGCUGACAAGGCCACCUUUCGAGAAGAGCCAGAUUUGGUAGCUAUAGCGUUCGUUGCCCAGUCGGCCCUCCUGACGGUUGGAAGGAUAGCCGAACUAGGCUGCCGGCAGCGUGAUGCCAUUGAAAGAAUUGGCCGCUUGGAGUUUGAAGCUGAAGGUGAAAGAAGAAGGGCCAAGUUCGAGGCGAUGAGGGCGACAAUGGAAUGUGCUCGAGUCGAAGCUGAAAAUGAGAGGGUUCGGACUGCUGACCAACUCAAAUCCGAAGCCGAGGAUAGGGCGAACGCGAGCGAGGAGUCGCUCAAGUUAGCCCAGGAAGCGCUUUCCAAGGCAGAGGCCGAGUUAGAAGAAUUGAAGGCGGCCAAGGAAAAAGCCGAAUCUGUAGCUUCUACGGCGCUAGAAGCUGGGAAGAGCGCCGCCCUGAAGGAAUAUGUAGAUGAGGUCCCCAAAUUCGAGAAUCGGGGAUUCAAGCAUGGGUGGUUCAAAGCCCUUGCUGCCGCUGGAGUUACAUUGGCCUUGCCAAUUCCAUACGAGGCAGUGGACGGUUUUGCCUUCCACUACUUUGGAUAA